UGGUGGCCAAUGUGGAAACGUACAUUUUUAAUGUACAUGAUGGCAACGGGGAAAAAUGUUAAAACGGAACCAGAAAAAAUAGCAACGUUUUUGUGGUUAAUCGGCUCCCAAGCUAUGGAGAUAUACAACACAUUGUUCCCGAACGAUGGGACAACUGAUGGGAUUCUGGGAAAUCAAAAUGCUGAGGCUGUGUCACCAAAUUCCAAUAAUAAUCCGCGAUCCCUGGAUGAUGUUUUGAAAGCAUUUGAUGGAUAUUGUAUACCAAAGAAGAACAUACUAAUGGAAUCGUUCAAAUUUCACAAUAUUGUACAAAAAGAAAAGCAGCCUUUUGUUGAGUUUGAAACAGAGCUUCGAAAACAGAUCGAGUUUUGUGAAUACAAAUUGGAUGGACAAUCAUACAAUGAUCGUAUGUUGAAGGAACGAAUUGUCAUUGGUGUGCAUGACAAGAAGUUACAAUUGAAGUUAUUGGAAGGAAAGGAUGAGUCAUUGCAGAAAGUCAUUGAAACGUGCAAGAUGUAUGAGGCUGCAAAUGCACAUAAGGCGUUGUUGAACACAACUAGUCAAACAAGUGUUAACAGUGUGGCUGAACAGGAGCCAAAGGAAACAGUCAACGCAGUAGCACGUCGUUGCUAUAACUGUGGUGGCGAUUUCGCAGCAAGGCAUUUGGAAACAUGCAAAGCUAGAGAUAUCAAUUGCCGAUCAUGUGGACGCAAAGGUCAUUUCCAACGUUGGUGCAAAUCAAAAGGAAAGCAAGCGGGCAACAAAGGAACGAAACCGGACAUCAGCUAUAACCAUGUAAAACAACAGCAACAUUCCCUCAACUGGGAAGGCACAGAAUAAAUUCAAACUAUGUUGGAAAUGAGAGGAAGCGAUGGUACAAGGAAUACCGAAUAGCGAAUAAAUUGGUUAGAUUUAAG